ACAGUGGUGUGUUGUUUACUUUGGGUGAACAUAUGCGCACAAAGACAUGUACUAAGACGAAGUUGAUAGGGGCGACUCAGCUGGUUGUAGUCGCCCAAGGGGGCAGCAAAGUUAUGGGUGUCAGAUUAGCGUGCUAUUUUUAUUGUUCAAAAGCUAAGAGUGGGGGCCUCAUGCGUCUCUUCGCUUCUCUUCGCUUCUCAAAAACCCCAUUUCCAUCGCCCAAAGAUUUCUCGGUGGUGGGGGCGGUGGUGCUGAUUCAGAGGGAGAAGGAGGGGUUGCCCUGAGACUUGAUAUAUAGAGAGAGAGAAAAGGGAACAUUCUGAGUUUCAGGUGUUGUUGAGCUUUCAAAUCCAAGACAGUGGGCUGGAAAGGAUUUUGGGUAUUUGACCCAUUGGAAAGUGAAGUAAAAUAAGAAAGAACCCAACAGGGAAAACGAAAUCUAGAAGGGAAGGAUAAAGAAAUAAAGGAAAGGACGGUGGUGUCAGGUAUUAGCAAGUGGGGGUGUCUCCAGCUUUGCGAGUUCUAUACGUUCUAACGGUGUUUUCUUAGUAAUGUCAUACCCAUUCGACCCUCUAUCCCCGGGGUCCUUGGGGAGUGUUACUCACUGAGGAAGCAAUCUUUUGUUUACUACUUUUUCAGUUUCAGGCUGUGUUUAUUUCAUUAAAUUAUCGAAACCCUUUCUGCUUCUCCCUUUGUUUGUUCAAAAGAUUCGGUCACACUAGGGAAAACCCCCCCCCAGAUUUGCCCACUCCCUUUUCACAAUAAGAGAUCGGGUCAAUUUUUGGUGUCCUUCCUCUUCUGUGGCUUGUCUUCUACUUCUCUGGAUAUAUUCUUUCUGGGUUUUUUUUUUGGAUUGACAUAGACAAUCUUGAAGAAGAGGAAGAAAACAGAUACUCAGAUCCGUUUUCUUGACCAAAAACAUGAAGUUUAUGAAACUUGGAUCCAAGCCUGAUGCAUUUCAGACGGAUGGGGACAAAAUUAGGUAUGUAGCGACCGAGUUGGCCACUGACAUUGCUGUCAAUGUCGGAGACGUGAAGUUUUAUCUGCAUAAGUUUCCGCUUCUGUCGAAAAGCGCUCGGUUGCAAAAAUUAGUCGCUCUGUCGAAUGAAGAGAAUAGUGAUGAAAUCCAUAUCCUGGAUAUACCUGGGGGAGCGGCUGCUUUUGAAAUUUGUGCAAAGUUCUGUUAUGGUAUGAUUGUCACACUCAAUGCAUACAAUGUGAUCGCUGCUAGAUGUGCAGCCGAGUAUCUCGAGAUGUAUGAAACCAUUGAGAAAGGGAAUCUCAUCUACAAGAUUGAGGUCUUUCUCAACUCGAGUAUUUUUAGAAGCUGGAAAGACUCGAUAAUCGUUCUUCAGACAACUAAGUCUCUUCUUCCAUGGUCUGAGGAACUUAAGGUGGUCAGUCACUGCCUUGAUUCCAUAGCUACCAAGUGUUGCAUCGAUACGUCGAAGGUUGAAUGGUCGUACACUUAUAACAGGAAGAAGCUUCCAUCUGAAAAUGGUGACGAUUCUCAUUGGAAUGGUGUGAGAACGCAGAAAGUUGUUCCGAAGGACUGGUGGGUUGAAGAUCUCUGUGAGCUUCAAGUUGACUUAUACAAACGUGUAAUAUCGACGAUUAAGACGAGGGGUAGAAUCAGUGGGGAUGUUCUUGGUGAAGCUUUGAAAGCGUAUGCGUCGAGGAGGUUACCUGGAUUUUCUAAAGGUAUGGUCCAGGGUGGUGAUAUUGCUAAAAAUAGACUACUGGUGGACACAAUAGUGCAGCUACUUCCAUCAGGGAAGGGGGAAGUCUCCUGUAACUUCUUUCUUAAGUUGUUAAAGGCAGUAAUUCUGCUAGAUUGUGGAGAGAUGGGAAGAAUUGAACUGAUGAAAAGAAUUGGUCAGCAGCUUGAUGAGGCCACCGUGGCUGAUCUUUUAGUUCGAGCUCCUGCCGGUGAGACGACCAUUUACGACGUUGACAUGGUACAAAGCCUUGUCGAGGAGUUUGUGACGCAGGUGCAGGACGUCCACACUGAUCUUCACAUGGAAAAUGAAUAUCAUGAGAUUAGAAGUCCCAAGUUUGUUUCUGAUGCUUCCAAGUUGAUGGUUGCAAAGCUGGUAGAUGGCUAUCUUGCUGAAGUUUCUCGUGAUCCUAACUUACCCAUCUCGAAAUUUAUACGCCUUGCUGAAUCAGUAUCGAGCUUCUCCAGACCAUCUCACGAUGGACUAUACCGAGCCAUUGAUAUGUACCUGAAGGAACACCCUGGUAUCAGCAAGAGCGAGCGUAAGAAAAUUUGUCGAUUGAUGGACUGUAGAAAAUUGUCGCCUGAUGCGUGUUUGCAUGCAGUGCAAAACGAGCGACUUCCAUUGCGUGUCGUUGUUCAGGUUCUCUUCUUUGAACAAAUGCGAGCCUCGGCAGCAUCAGCUGGCGACAGUACGCCUGAUCUACCGAGUUCUAUUAGGGCCUUAUUACCAGGAGGGGGAUCUCAUGGAAGCUCAAGAUCAACUACAACGAACGCAGAGGACGACUGGGAUGCCAUACCAACUAUUGAUGAAAUCAGAGCUUUAAAAGGCGAACUUGCUGCUCUAAAGCUAGGAAACAGCGACGUGACUAAAAACAACGCCGAAAAGGUUUCGGGGAAUAAAAUGAAGGGCAUGCUGAUAUCAAAGAAGAUCUUCUCGAAACUUUGGUCGAACAAAGACAGAAACGGAGAGAUCAGUAGCUCGGAGACAUCAGAAAGUCCGGGGUCUUCAAACGCAGAGGAAACCAAAUCGUCGACCCCGUCCAGAAGCCUGAGGCAUUCGAUAUCAUAAUUCAAACACGCUCUACAAAUGUAGUGAGUGAGUGAGUGUUUGUAAAAUGUGUCUCUGUUUUGACAGUUAGAAGAAGUAGAAUCCGCUGACAAAUUCCCACCAUUACAAAGGAGAGUUCGGUCGUAUAUUGUGCAUGUAAAACCUGUUCUUACAGCUGAGCUGAAUUCACGUAGGAAUUAUUGGUCUGUACGUUUUAUUUUAAUGCGUCAUUGAGUUAUAAUAUUUUUGUUGUACCAUAAAUCAC